AUGGAUAGAAACCCAUUCAUUAUAGACUCCCAAAACGGUUCUCCCGUGAGAUCACCGCAGCGGGCUGCAUUGCGGCAGCAGUCACCUUGGAAGUCGCAGUACACAGAUUAUAAUUACGAAGAUGAUCAGUCCACUGCAUUUCAAGGGUUCCCCCCGGUUGUAGAGAGAUCGCCUCGAAUAAACAUUCAACAACAGUCGCCAUCAAAGGCAGCCGCAAGGUAUUCUCCACAGCGUCGAAACAUGUUUUCCCGCAGCAGUGUACCACCUUCACCUGUUCCCCACAAUAGAUACGCCGCUAAUUUACAAGAGUCCCCCAAAAGAGGUGGGCAAACCGUGAUUGAAAUUAAUGACUACUCUGAUGACGACUAUGCAGAGGAAGAAGAUCUGUACGAUACCUACAUGAACCAGAAUAACGGCUCACCUUUACGAAAAGGCAUGGCGAACCAAGGAUCAAGAAAUUCGUCUCAUGGCACUAAAUCAACUUACUCAUAUGACAGUUUCAGAAAGUCCCUUGAUGACGAAAGUACGAUUUACUCUGGAGACACCUUUGAGCAGACACAAUUUCAAUUGAACCAUCCUCAGCGUAAUUACAUCAGGCGUGGGAAAUCUGAGAUCAGGAAAACUCUAUCAAUUGCUCCAAAUAAGAAUAUUCUUAAGUUGGACAACCCAAUUCCAAGAGGAUUACUUGAAAUAUUACCUCGUCGGAAUUCACCUGAAUUUACUGAGAUGAGAUACACCGCUUGUACUGCAGAGCCUGAUAACUACGUCGCUGAGGGAUAUUCCUUAAGGUUUGCAGAAAUGAACAGAGAAUGUCAGAUUACCAUUUGCAUUACAAUGUACAAUGAAAACAAAUUCGCUUUAGCCAGAACUUUGCAUUCAGUUAUGAAGAAUAUUGCCCAUCUUUGCAACCGCAAGAGGUCCCACGUUUGGGGGCCAAAUGGAUGGAAAAAGGUCCAAGUUGUAAUUGUGAGUGAUGGUAGGAAUAACAUUAACAAGGGAUCUUUGGACUAUUUGAGCGCUUUGGGUGUUUACCAGGAGGAUAUGGCGAAAUCAACAGUAAAUGGUGAGCCAGUGAAAGCUCAUAUUUUUGAAUUGACCACUCAGGUCUCUAUUGAUUCUGAAUUGGACUAUGUCAGCAAGGAUAUUGUUCCCGUACAAAUAGUGUUCUGCUUAAAAGAGGAGAAUCAGAAAAAGAUUAAUUCUCAUCGUUGGUUGUUUAAUGCCUUUUGCCCUAUCCUGGAUCCUACAGUUGUAGUUCUAGUGGAUGUCGGUACUCGACUAAACGAUACUGCCAUUUAUCACUUGUGGAAAGUGUUUGACAGAGACUCAAAUGUAGCAGGUGCUGCUGGUCAGAUCAAAACUAUGAAAGGAAAAUGGUGUUCAAAGCUGUUAAAUCCACUUGUGGCUUCUCAAAAUUUUGAAUAUAAAAUGUCGAAUAUCCUAGACAAGCCAUUAGAGAGCGUUUUUGGUUAUAUCUCAGUUCUUCCCGGUGCUCUUUCUGCUUAUCGUUACAGGGCUUUGAAGAAUCAUGAAGACGGCACAGGACCAUUAAAUUCAUAUUUCCUGGGAGAAACCCAAGAGGGUAGACAGCAUGAUGUUUUCACUGCCAAUAUGUACUUAGCAGAGGAUAGAAUUUUAUGCUGGGAGCUAGUAGCGAAAAGAAAUGCUAGAUGGGUUUUAACAUAUGUCAAAGAGGCAACUGGUGAAACGGAUGUACCUGAGGAACCUCCUGAGUUUAUUUCGCAAAGAAGACGUUGGUUGAACGGUGCAAUGUUUGCGGCACUCUAUGCACAGUUACAUUUCCCUCAGAUAUGGAAAACGAAACACUCGAGGGUGAGAAAGUUCUUUUUCCAUAUUGAGUUCUUUUACCAAUUUGUACAAAUGCUGUUUUCUUGGUUUUCCAUAUCCAAUUUCUUCUUAACGUUCUACUUCCUUGCAGGGUCUAUGAAUGACAUUAUAAAGCAUGGUGAUGUUUUAUUUACUUUUUUCAAAUACCUUAUCAUUUGUGACCUAGCCGCACUUUUUAUCAUUUCUAUGGGUAAUAGACCACAAGGUGCUAAUCAUCUAUUUAUUACAUCCAUGGUUAUUUUAUCAAUUUGCUCAACCUAUGCUUUGAUUUGUGGUCUCGUUUUUUCCUUUAAAUCUUUGACGUCGAAGACAGAAUCACAUAUGGUAUUUGUAAACAUCGUGGUGUCGCUACUUUCAACCUAUGGCUUAUACGCCUUUACUUCUAUCCUAUAUUUGGAUCCAUGGCAUUUGUUCACAUCCUCCAUUCAAUAUCUAUUAAUGCUGCCCUCCUUCAUUUGUACUCUCCAAAUCUUUGCAUUCUGCAACACCCACGAUGUCUCUUGGGGUACAAAAGGCUCUACUCAAGGUAGUAAGCCAAAAUCAGAGGCGACUGUUAAGCAAGGUCCUGACGGGCAACAAAUCGUUGAAGGUACAGAGUGGCCCCAAGAAGUGGAUAAGAAAUAUGCCGAAAUUAAGGGUAGACUGAAGGAGGAAGAGAUCGUUGAAACCAAAGUAGACGAGGUUCAAAAGAACAACGACUAUUAUAGAGACAUCAGAUCUCGGAUUGUGAUGAUUUGGAUGCUUUCGAAUUUGAUUCUGAUGAUGAUCGUGACACAAGUGUAUGGACCAGAAGAUACUGCUAAGAACAAGUACCUUGUGUUUAUUUUAUGGUCUGUUGCUGUUCUUGCAGCUUUUAGAGCUCUUGGAUCGGUCACGUUUUUACUUAUUAAGUAUCUGCGUGUGAUCGUGAGCUUCAAGAAUAAGGCCGAAGACAAUGGCUCUCUGAAUAUUCCUUCGAUGGGCUCAUUAUUCCACAAGGAACCCAAAAUGUAA